AUGUUUGGCCGUUUCUUUAAGAACAAAGAGGAUGGCAAGACUGGUCCCCCAGGUCAUCAACGUCAAGGUGUCACUCCAGCACCAGCUGUCAGGUCGGCUCACUCCAUAUUUGCUCUUUUAACAGCUGAUCUGAACAUGCACAAACUACUAUGCAUUACAUAA